GGUGGUGGACUAUCCGAUUUCAUAGUUUGAUGUAUAUAUAAGGAAGCCCUAGAACCAAAGGAGGAGUUGUGUGUGUGAUUUGUUAAAAAGGUGUUCACAGAAUGAAGGCGACGGCUGAAUACGCGACGGCUAACAUAGCGGUGUGGUGGGACAUGAAGGACUGUCCGAUUCCGGAGGGUUAUGAGGCUGGUCAGGUCCGAUCGAGUUUAGAAGCAGCGUUCAAGGAACAAGGCUACUCUGGCCCUGUCUCCAUCACUGCCUAUGGCGACCAAACACAAACCCCUGAUCACAUACUGAAAGGGCUCUUAUCCACUGAAGUCUCUGUAGCACAUACCAAAUCCGAGAGCACAUCCUACUUCAUGUAUGAGGAUUUGGUGAAAUGGCGACGUCUGAAUCCUCCUCCUGCUACAAUGAUGAUCAUAUCAGAUCAGGUGGGAGAUAAAUUCACCUGGGAUCUGGUCCGGCUACAGCAACGGACGCUAUACAAGCUUUUUCUGGCUUAUUUAGUUAAGCCAGAAUAUAUGGUUCUCUCCAUUAGUGAACAGUGGUGCUGGAAAAAAUUACUAAGCAGCUCACCACCUGCUGCUGGUGUUCAGGCUGGUGCCAAGUGUUAUUGCAAAUCGUGCAAUUACAAUAGUGGAUACCUGAAGAAAUUCAGGAAGCAUCUCUCGAGUUACAGUCAUUCACGGGAAGAGUAUGUGAACCCUACGGACCACAAACUCGUACGUUACACGGAGGAUUGGGGAAGAAACUACAAGGCGACGCCUGAAUUUGCCACAGCUAAAAUACAGGUGUGGUGGGACAUGCUUACAUGUCCGAUACCUCAAGGUUAUGAUGCUCGUCAGGUCCGUCCGAGUAUAGAGGCGGCAGUCAAGGAACUUGGCUACUAUGGUCCUGUCUCCAUCACUGCCUAUCGCGACCAUAAACAUACUCCCCGACAAGCUCUCUCUUCCACUGGUGUCGAUAUUGCACAUACCGUUAGCGAUGUCACAUACUCGCGAAUGUUUAGCGAUAUGUUGGAAUGGCAUCGUAAUAAUCCUCCUCAAACAGCUGCUAUAAUCAUGCUCAUAUCGGAUAAUGUGGAGAUCUUGGAUUGUGGUCUUGUCUCUCUACUACAAGAGAAUAAUUACAACUUUUUUCUGGCUUAUUCGUUUAGGCCUUACAAAAUGUCAUACCUGCUCACUUCUGCUGAGUGGCUCUGGGAAAGCAUACUUUCAGGGGAAAAAAGACUACUUCAGAACUGCAGCAGCAGUGGAAGUGGGAACGAUCAAUCUACCUCAAUGUUCUAUUGCAGAUUGUGUGUCGGCUUUAAUACGAAAAGCAUUGAUAAGUUCAGGGCUCAUCUCUCAAGUGAUGAAGAACAUGCACAAGAAGAAAAUGAAAUUCGUGAGCAGAUGGUUUUAUCAGGUGAGAACAAGAGGCUGUGUCAAUUAGCUGAGUACGAUCGACAUCGUUUGCCUAGAGCAAUCAUAUGAAGAAAGCUAUCCGGACGGAUUUUGGACUUUUCUUACUAAAGGACGUUAAUCUCAAACCUAGAGUGGUGAACUUGUUACUAAGUUAUCAGCAGCAUCUCUUGCUUUUCGUUAUGUUUUAAUUUGAAGUAUUUAUUUUCAUUUU